AUGGAGGCUGUCCCUCCGAUCAGAUCCAGCCUCUUGGGGAUCCUGCUGCUGGUGGUAAAGCUCUCAGUGCUGCUAGUCCGGAACCGGGUCCACCUCUACGAGGUUCUGCUUCUCAAGGUCAUGCUCUUCAACCACUGGCUGUCAGGGCUGCUCCAGGAGGCCCAGGGGUCCUGUGGCCAGCAGGCCCACUCAUCGCCCGGACUCGCAGCCUGCCCUGUGGGCUGGGUUCUACGGGCUGGGCUGGCACUGAUAGAGGUCCCUGUAUGGUUGGUGCUGAGGGUGCCCAGGCUAGCAUGGGCCGGCAUGCUGGGCUGUGCCCGAGCCUUGGUCCUGGCCCCGAUGCGGCUAGGUGUCUGGGAGUGGCUGGGCCUGUCUGUAGCCACCUGGAUGGACCUGCUUCUGUCAUGUCUGCACAGCCUGAUGCUGGCAGCCUUGUUGCUGCUGCUGCUGACAUGGAGGCUGUGCCGGAAGGCCCACCGUUACAGCCUGGGCUGGCUGCCAAGCAAGGCUCUACUGGACAGCCGUGUGGUGCUGGAGCUGCUGGCACCGCUGAAGCAUCUUUACUGGUGGGUGGAGAGCACGACAGCGCUCAUCUCCUGGCACCUGGCCUAUCUUGUCACUUGGAUCACCUGCCUUGCCUCGCACCUGCUGCAGGCUGCCUUUGAGCACACAGUCCAGCUGGCCCAGGCCAAGGAAGCUGAGCUGCAGGAGGCCUCAGGCCCUUGGUCUGAGUCCCUGCUCCUUGAGUCCUCUGCUCCUGAGGCUGGGCCAGUCCUGCCAGAGCAUGAAACCCCUGGAGAAUAA